AUGGACGCCAAAGCGAGCUCUUCGAGCCCAAACAACCGAAACAACUUCUUGCUUCUUGUCAGAGACAACUUCUCCAUCACAACGUGGUUGGCCAUUGGAGCGCUAGCUCAAUCCGCCGCAUUCUCUUUGCUCGGCCGAACAGCUUUCUUACCAGCCGCUUUCCUGUUGCUGUACCGCAUAGCAGAUGCAUAUGCCAUCAAGACCGGUCUCAAGCACAACCACUACCUGGACGGUGUCAUCCUGGAUCACUACUCUGCUCAGUUCCCUGGAGAGGCCAAUGAUGGUUUAGAAUCUCCAGCAGAGUCGGAUGUCUGUGUCUUCCUCAUCGGAUCAAAGGUCAACCACCCCUUCGGACUGUUCGCACCUGGCUACAAAGAGAUGGGCUCACAGUUUGCAGGCAUGGUCAAAGAGAUCGAAGCGGACAAGGAAAAGCACGGAUUCUUAGGAUCGAGAAGUCUCGUUGGAGCCGAGUCAGCGACCAACAACGAAACAAUGACAAUCAUGUACUUCAAGUCAUCCGAGCAUAUCCAGGCAUUCGCAACAGGACCACUCCAUCGCAAGUCGUUGGCGUGGUGGGCCAAGCACGCAGCUGAGUACCCUCACCUGGGCAUCUUCCAUGAAACGUAUCAGGUCCGGGCGAAGAACUAUGAGACUGUUUAUGCGCACACGAAGCCAAUGUUGGCAGGAGCUACACAACACAGGGUGCAGGGAGGGUUUUCGGAGAAGGGCGAAGAGGAAGCGGUCUACAAAAACUCGCUGGUUUAUGCAAAAGGAGUUCUCAAGACAAGUCUGGGCCGUAUGGGUAGACUGCCGGGCACUUUUGAUCGAAGCGCACUGGAGGUGAAGGAGGCUGGCAAAGCGGGACCCAUGGAUGGGAUAAUUGUGCUGUGA